CGACCCUCUGGCAGCUCAUGGUGGCCCUAGGGCGCUGCGUCCCCACUAGCCACUCAGAGCCCGUGCUGGCCGAGGCCGAGGGCUAUGUGCGUGGCCUGGCCACCAGCGCCCGUGCCUGUGUCAAAUUCUACAUGGGUCCUGUGGAGGCCGCGAAAGACAUCUCCGACAGGGCCAAGAUCAUGGUCGGCGGCUUUGGGCUCUGCGGAAUUCCAGAGAACCUGAUAAAGGUGCUGCUCAAGGCGCACAUCAAGGACUUGACUGUGGUCAGCAGCACCAUGGGGGUGGACGACUUCGGGCUGGGCCUUUUCCUGGAGACCAAGCAGAUCCCCCGCACCAUCGUCUCCUACAUGGGGGAGAACGCGCUGUGCGAGCACCAGUACCUGUUGGGCGAGCUGGAGCUGCCGCCCCAGGGCACCCCUGUCACUGCGGGGGGCACCGGGGUGCCCGUGUUCUACACGCCCACGGCCUAGGGGACCCUGGUGCAGGAGGGAGGUCCCAUCAGGUACGCGCCCGGCGGCCACAUGGCCAUCGUGAGCCAGCCCCGAGAGGUGAGGGAGUUUCAAGACCGCUGUCUUCUGGAGCAGCCGGUCACGGCUGGUUUUGCUUUGGUGAAAGGUGGAAGGCCCACCGCACAGAACGUCAUUUUCAGAAGAAGCCCCAGGAAUUUCAAUGGGCCCUCAUACAAAGCCGCAGAAUCCUCAGUGUUGGGCGUGGAAGAAACUGUGGACGUGGGGACGUUCGCCCCCGAAGACAUCCACAUUCCUAACAUUUGUGUGGACUGCGUAAUCCAGGGGGUAUAUGAGAAAAGAAUUGAGCAUCUAACGGUGCGGACGGAGGAAGGUGAAAAGCCAGGUCUGUGGGUGACCUCAAGGCCCGCAUCUCGCAUGGCGGCUCUUGAAUUCGAGGACGGCACGUGUGCCAGUUUGGGCACAGGAACGCCCCCGGCCAGCAGCUCCAUCAGCCCGGAUGGAGCUGUUCGUCGUCGCGGUGAGGGUGGGCUCCUGGGCUCACGUCCGUGUCCGUUAAAAGAGGAGGUGGAUGGAGAUCUCAGCCGCGCGCGUGAGCAGACGGCCAGCAUUUUCCGGGGCUGUUCUUUCUCCAGCGAUGACAUGUCUGCCAUGAUUCCAGGGGGACACCUGCACCCCACCAUGCUGGGAGCCGUGCAGGAUUUCCGGAUGGUCCCCGGAAAGCAGGUGAAAGGCAUGGGGGGAGCCAGGACUUGGUGUAGCGUCAAGAUGAGAGUGCCGGUCACUGUGUAGCACCGCACCAAGGACAAGGAACCCAAAAUCCUGGAGAAAUGCACCCUGCUCCAGCCUGGGAAGUGCCGUGCGGACCGAAUCAUCCUCGAGAAGGCCGUGUUCGACGUGCACGAGAAGAAAGGCCUGACGCUGAUCGAGCUCUGGGAUGGCCUGACGGCAGACGACAUCACAAAGAGCACGGGCAGCCCAUUCACCGUGUCACCGAACCUCAGGCCCACACAGCAGGUGGCACCGUGA